AGUUUCCUACACGGACACAUUUCACUGAAACCACCCAGGUGUCAUCAUACGAUGCUAGCUGUUUGCUCUCUUUACGUAAACUCUGUCAAAUAAUUAAACGGGAAAUUGUACGUUUGCCACCAACGCUUAUCGGAGUUGGUGUUUUCUUCUCAGAGGACGUGUCCAGCUCUGUAGCUGUUUUAAUAGCAGCGGUAUCGUUUGCUGCUCUGUGCUAAUCGUUAGCUAAGUGCUAACAACAGUGACAGCAGCCAACUUUACAUGCGUCUGCAGCUGCUGUCAUUUCACGUUGCUGUGGAUCAACAGGAAUCACUGACAGCCGUGUCCAGCAGACAUCAUGGAGCUCCAGGCGGUGUUGAUGGCGGCUGGUGGAGGUUCUCGUAUGACCGAUCUGACAUACAACACCCCCAAACCAAUGCUCCCUGUGGGCAACAAGCCCCUCAUGUGGUACCCGCUGAACCUGCUGGAGAGGGUGGGCUUUGAAGAGGUGAUAGUAAUCACCACCAAAGAGGUUCAGAAGAUGAUGAGCACAGACCCUAAAAUGAAGCCUGACGUGAAGAUGAAGCUCGAUGUGGUAUGCAUUCAGGAAGAUGGAGACAUGGGCACCGCAGACGCCCUCAGACACAUCCAUUCGAAGAUCAAGACGGACGUCCUGGUGGUGAGCUGUGACCUGAUAACGGACGUGGCGCUACACGAAGUAGUUGAUCUUUUCAGAGCCCACAAUGCAACACUGGCCAUGCUGAUGAGAAAAGCCCAUGAAUUCACAGAGACCAUCCCAGGCCAGAAGGGCAAGAAAAAGACAGCUGAACAGAGGGACUUUGUGGGAGUGGAUGAGUCGGGGGAGAGGCUGCUGUUCAUGGCCAAUGAGGCAGAUCUGGAGGACGGACUCUCUAUCAGGAAGUCCAUCAUGAGGAAACAUCCCAGGAUGCACAUUAAAACUGGCCUCGUGGACGCUCACCUCUACUGCCUGAAGAAAGAAGUGUUGGACUUUCUUGCUGACAACAAGUCCAUCUCUUCAAUCCGUGGAGAGCUGGUACCUUAUUUGGUGCGGAAGCAGUUUUCCAAAACCAUCAACUGUCCAAAUAUCAAAGAUGACGCAGAUGAUCAGAAUCUAAAAACGAAAGACGGCUCUUCAAACCAGGAGCUCCUCAUCUCCUCCCGAGACGAGCCCCUUCUCCAGCUGGCUCAGGAGCGCUCCUGUUGGAACGACCACCGCGGCGACAUGAGCGCGGCUUACCACGGAGGAAAGCUCCGCUGCUACGUUCACAUUAUGGACGAGGGACUUUGCUACCGCGUCAACACUUUAGCUGCUUACAUAGAUACAAACCGAUUGGCCCCCAAGCUGUUUGACGAGCCAGCCGUCCACUCCACUGCUGUCAUUUCUGAGAGAUGUCAGAUGGGAUCAGACAGCAUCAUCGGAGCAAUGUGCCAGGUAGCAGACAAGACUUCCAUAAAGAGGUCGACCAUCGGAAACUCCACCAUUGUAAAAGAAAAGGUCAAAGUCACCAACUCUAUCAUCAUGCACGGGGUUACCAUCGAGGAGGGGUGUAAUAUCCAGGGCAGUGUGAUCUGCAGUAAUGCUGUCAUCGGCCGAGGAGCAGACCUCAAACACUGUCUGGUGGGGAACGGACAACGGAUCGAACCAGAGGCUGAGAGGACUAACGAGGUGAUUGUUGGAACGGACCAGCUGAUGGAGAUCUAGCUCCCAUGGAGAUAGAGUGACAUCACCUCAUUAACCAAUCAGAGUGCAGCGAAACACAGAGGACAAGCAAUUCAUCGGCUGACUAACCAAUCAGAAGCCUGGAUUGCAGCUUCACAAUUCUACACUCUCUUCUAAUCGGCUCUUUUGUACAUUGUGUCCAAAUAAAGACAAGUGAUUAAAACCAUGA